AUGAAUGUCAAAGGAAAAGUAAUUCUGUCAAUGCUGGGUGUCUCGACUGUCAUUGUUGUGUUUUGGGAAUACAUCAACAGCCCAGAAGGCUCUUUCUUGUGGCUAUAUCACUCAAAAAACCCAGAAGUUGGUGAGAGCAGCAUUCAGAAGGGCUGGUGGUUUCCGAGCUGGUUUAACAAUGGAACCCACAGUUAUCAAGAAGAAGACAUAGACAAAGAAAAGGGGAAAGAAGAUGAAGAAGAAGAGCUUCAGUUAUCAGACUGGUUCAAUCCAGAGAAACGCCCAGAAGUUGUGACAGUAACCAGAUGGAAUGCUCCCAUCGUGUGGGAAGGCACUUACAACAGAGCCAUCUUGGAAAAUUAUUAUGCCAAACAGAAAAUUAUUGUGGGUUUGACAGUUUUUGCUGUGGGAAGAUAUAUUGAACAUUACCUAGAGGAGUUCAUAACAUCUGCUAAUAAGUACUUCAUGAUUGGUCACAGAGUCAUUUUUUACAUCAUGGUGGAUGACAUCUCCAGGAUGCCUGUGGUAGAGCUGGGUCCUCUUCGUUCUUUCAAAGUGUUUGAAAUCAAGCCUGAGAAGAGAUGGCAGGACAUCAGCAUGAUGCGUAUGAAGACUAUUGGGGAGCACAUUGUGAGCCACAUCCAGCACGAAGUUGACUUUCUCUUCUGCAUGGACGUGGACCAGGUUUUCCAUGACAACUUUGGGGUGGAGACCCUAGGCCAAUCAGUGGCUCAGUUGCAGGCCUGGUGGUACAAAGCAGACCCCGAUGAGUUUACCUAUGAGAGGCGUAAGGCGUCAGCAGCAUACAUUCCAUUUGGCCAGGGGGAUUUUUAUUACCAUGCAGCCAUUUUUGGAGGAACACCCACUCAGGUUCUAAAUAUCACCCAAGAGUGCUUCAAGGGAAUCCUCCAGGACAAGAAAAAUAACAUAGAAGCAGAGUGGCAUGAUGAAAGCCACCUAAACAAGUAUUUCCUUCUCAACAAACCAACUAAAAUCUUAUCACCAGAAUACUGCUGGGAUUAUCAUAUAGGCUUACCUUCGGAUAUUAAAAUUGUCAAGAUAUCUUGGCAGACAAAAGAGUAUAAUUUGGUUCGGAAUAAUGUUUGA